AUGUCUCGCUCACUGCCACCGAACUUCCAGCUGGGCUUCGCAACAGCCUCCUACCAGAUUGAAGGAGCCGUCGCCACUGACGGCCGAGGUCCCUCUAUUUGGGACGAGUUCUGCCACCAGACGCCCACGCGGACGAAGAAUUCCAAUGGCGACAUUGCGUGCGAUCAUUACAACCGCCUAGACGAAGACCUUGACCUCCUCAAGCAGUACGGCGCUGAUGCGUACCGAUUCUCCAUAUCGUGGUCCCGCAUUAUCCCGCUGGGUGGCCGCCAGGAUCCCGUGAACGAGGCUGGCAUCGACUUCUACAACAGACUGAUCGAUGGCUGCCUGGAGAGAAACAUCACUCCGUGGGCAACCCUAUAUCACUGGGACCUGCCGCAGGCUUUGCACGACAGAUAUGGAGGUUGGCUUGAUGUAGAGGAGUCGCAGCUGGACUUUGAAGGAUACGCGCGAUUGUGCUUCGAGCGCUUCGGAGAUAGAGUCAAGAACUGGAUCACACUAAAUGAGCCAUGGAUUGUUUCUAUAUUUGGAUAUGCCACCGGCAUCAACGCACCGGGUCGGGCAUCGCAGGGCGUUAACCCACAGGCGAGCGAAGGCGACUCGGCGACAGAGCCCUGGACAGUCGGCAAGGCGCUCAUCAUGAGCCACGCACGUGCAGUCGCAGCAUAUAACCGCGACUUCCGACAAGCUCAGGGAGGGCAGAUUGGAAUAUCCUUGAACGGCGACUACUAUGAACCUUGGGACCCGAAAGAGCCCAAGGACUUGAAAGCCGCGGAGAGGCGGAUGCAGUUUCACAUUGGCUGGUUCGCUGAUCCGAUCUUUCUGCGGCGAGACUAUCCACAAUGCAUGCGAGACCAGCUGGGAGAACGCCUCCCGCAAUUCUCGGAGGCUGACAUGUCCUUGCUGCGGGCAGCCGAGUGUGACUUCUACGGCAUGAACUACUACACCUCGCAGUUCGCACGCCACCGCAGCACACUGGCCCCCGAAACCGAUUUUGUCGGCAACGUGGAUGAGCUGCAAACCGACAAGGCUGGCAACGCAGUCGGCUCGGAGAGCGGCCUGGCCUGGCUACGGUCCUGCCCAGAUCUGUUCCGUAAGCACCUUGCACGAGUGUACCGUCUAUAUGGCAAGCCAAUCUACGUCACAGAGAAUGGCUGUCCAUGCCCCGGCGAGGACAAGAUGACCCGAGAACAGUCAGUUCAGGAUGUGUACAGGCAACAAUAUUUCCUUGAUCACAUCGGGGCCAUCAAUGAUGCUGUGCAACAGGAUGGCGCUGUUGUGGCUGGCUAUUUUGCCUGGUCUCUGAUGGAUAACCUGGAGUGGUCUGAUGGCUAUGGCCCUCGAUUUGGUGUGACGUAUACUGACUAUGAUACUCUCGAGCGCACCCCGAAGAGGUCGGCGGCUAUGCUCAGAGGAAUAGUCGAUGCGCGCAAGGUCUCGUCAAUUAACGGCAAGGUCUGAGGAGGGCCUACAUGAUUGCCGAGGUUCAGAUACUUAUUUUGUCGAUAAUCAACCAUAACUUAUCCCACAGUAACCCUUGACUAUAGUACAGGAUUAUAGAACCAGAAUAUUGG